AUGUCUUCCCUCACUGUGGGAGACCAUGCUCUGCCCCAUGAGUCGAGAGAGACCAUGGUGAGCAUUACUGGAGAUUCUGAAAGCACCACUACUGUUACCAACUAUGAUGCCGCUCAUACGACAGAUCACAGCACCAGCCGUGCCGAAGGCUGGUCUUUGAUGCCUCAAGUCAAGGAACAUAACGAACGCGAUGCACAAUCUGGAUUCAAGCGUCGAGAAUUGGGCGUCACAUGGCAGAAUCUCAGUGUUGAAGUCGUCAGCGCAGAGGCUGCUGUCCAGGAAAACUUUCUCUCCCAAUUCAACAUCCCCAAGCUUGCUAAAGAAUCCCGCAACAAACCACCUCUUCGAACCAUCCUCGACAACAGCCAUGGCUGCGUCAAGCCCGGGGAAAUGCUUCUGGUUCUCGGUCGUCCUGGAUCCGGUUGCACGACUUUGCUGAAGAUGCUUGCCAACCAGCGACUUGGCUACAGGUCGAUUAAGGGAGAUGUUCGAUAUGGAUCGAUGACGGCGCAGGAGGCUAAACAGUACCGGUCCCAGAUUGUCAUGAACACCGAGGAAGAACUUUUCUUCCCGAGUCUGAAAGUGGGCGAGACGAUGGACUUUGCUACUCGACUGAAGGUGCCUUUCCGUCUACCGAAUGGGGUUGAAUCGCAAGAAGCCUACCGCGAAGAAUACAAGAACUUCUUGCUCGAGUCCAUGGGCAUUUCGCACACCGUUGAUACCAAGGUUGGCAACGAAUACAUUCGAGGUGUUUCAGGUGGUGAGCGCAAGCGCGUCUCGAUUAUUGAAUGUCUCGCUACUCGGGCAUCGGUCUUCUGCUGGGACAACAGUACUCGAGGUCUCGACGCCAGUACAGCCCUUGAGUGGACCAAGGCUGUCCGUGCUAUGACCGAUGUUCUGGGUUUGUCCACGAUUGUCACUCUUUACCAGGCUGGCAAUGGUAUCUACGAUCUCUUUGAUAAGGUCCUGGUUUUGGAUGAGGGCAAACAGAUCUACUAUGGCCCCAUGACCCAAGCAAAGCCUUACAUGGAGGCGCUGGGCUUUGUUUGCCGCGACGGUUCCAAUGUUGCCGAUUUCUUGACCGGUGUCACCGUGCCCACCGAACGCAAAAUCCGCCCCGGUUUCGAAGCGCGCUUUCCACGGAAUUCCGACGCUAUGCUAGAAGAGUACAACAAAUCUGUCGUGAAGGCCGAUAUGGUCAGCGAAUACGACUACCCCGACUCCGAAUACUCGAUGCAACGAACGGAGGACUUCAGAGUAGCGGUGGCGGAGGAAAAGGCCAAGCAGCUACCGAAAAACAGUCCCUUCACUGUCGAUUUCAUGAACCAGGUUAAAAUUUGCGUUAUGCGACAGUAUCAAAUCCUCUGGGGUGACAAGGGCACGUUCAUUGUCAAGCAGGUUUCGACCUUGGUCCAAGCCCUAAUCUCUGGUUCACUUUUCUACGAUGCUCCCAAUAACUCUGGCGGUCUCUUCGUCAAAUCCGGUGCUCUGUUCUUCGCUCUUCUCUACAACUCGCUCUUGGCCAUGUCUGAAGUCACAGAUUCAUUCCAGGGACGUCCGGUCUUGAUCAAGCACAAGCAAUUUGGGCUCUUCCACCCCGCCGCGUUCUGCCUCGCGCAGAUCGCUGCGGAUAUUCCCGUUCUCAUAUUCCAAGUCUCUAUCUUCGCGCUCCCUCUGUACUUCAUGGUCGGCCUUGAUAUGGAUGCAGGGAAAUUCUUCACCUUCUGGAUUGUGGUAUUUGCGACUACGAUGGCCAUGACUGCCAUCUUCCGCGCCUGCGGAGCCGCCUUUAGGACGUUUGACGCCGCAUCGAAAGUCUCGGGUUUCCUAAUCUCGGCCACCGUUAUGUACACUGGUUACAUGAUUCGUAAACCCGAAAUGCACCCAUGGUUCGUUUGGAUCUACUGGAUUGACCCCUUGGCCUAUGGCUUCGACGCCCUGCUAUCCAACGAGUUUCACGGCAAGACCAUUCCUUGCGUAGGCACCAACCUUGUGCCUGCCGGACCGGGCUACGAGAAUGCCACCACUGGUGCCUGUACUGGUGUUGGCGGUUCCAUCCCUGGUGUGGACUUCGUCACAGGUGAUGAUUAUCUCGCAUCGCUCUCGUACAGCCACACUCACGUCUGGCGCAACUUCGGUAUCCUCUGGGCUUGGUGGGCUCUUUUUGUGGCCAUCACGAUUGUGGCGACUACCCGCUGGAAAGGUUCUUCUGAGAACGGCCCCUCGCUUUUGAUUCCGCGCGAGAGUGUGGAAAAGCAUCGCCAGCAUGGCCACCGCGAUGAGGAAUCCCAGACGAACGAGAAGGCCUCCACCAAGCUUCAGAGCGAAGGUGCUCAGGAUUCGAGCGACAUUGACAACCAACUUGUCCGGAACACGUCCGUAUUCACCUGGAAAGACCUUUGCUACACUGUCAAAACUCCCAGUGGUGACCGCCAGUUGCUCAACCACGUUUAUGGAUGGGUAAAACCUGGGAUGCUUGGUGCUCUUAUGGGUUCAUCCGGAGCUGGAAAAACGACUCUGCUCGAUGUUCUUGCUCAGCGGAAGACUGCUGGUACGAUCCAUGGCUCAAUUCUCGUCGAUGGACGCCCUCUCCCAGUCUCUUUCCAACGUUCAGCCGGUUAUUGCGAGCAGCUUGAUGUCCAUGAAGCUUUUGCCACGGUCCGUGAAGCUCUCGAGUUUUCAGCUUUGCUCCGCCAGCCACGUGAAACGCCUGAAGAAGAAAAGCUGAAGUAUGUUGACGUUAUUAUCGACCUUCUGGAACUUCACGACAUUGCCGACACGCUCAUCGGUCGCGUUGGCGCUGGUCUCAGUGUUGAACAGCGCAAGCGUGUCACCAUCGGUGUUGAACUUGUCUCCAAGCCUAGCAUCCUGAUCUUCCUGGACGAACCCACAUCUGGUCUUGAUGGCCAGUCCGCCUACAACACAGUCCGCUUCCUCCGCAAGCUGGCUGAUGUCGGCCAAGCUGUGCUAGUGACGAUCCACCAGCCCUCUGCUCAACUGUUUGCUGAAUUUGAUAGCCUGCUGCUUCUGGCUAAGGGCGGAAAGAUGGUGUACUUUGGCGAUAUCGGCGACAACGGCUCAACCGUGAAGGACUACUUCGCUCGCCACGGGGCUCCUUGCCCUCCCGACGCUAACCCGGCAGAACACAUGAUCGACGUCGUUUCUGGCUCCCUAUCUCAAGGCCGUGACUGGCAUGAGGUCUGGAAAGCAUCCCCCGAACACAGCAACGCGCAGAAGGAACUAGAUAGGAUUGUCAGCGACGCAGCCUCCAAGCCGCCUGGGACCCUGGACGACGGCCGCGAAUUUGCCAUGCCUCUCUGGCAACAAACAGUCAUUGUCACCAAGCGUACCUGCCUGGCCGUCUACCGCAACACCGACUACAUCAACAACAAGCUUGCCCUCCACAUUAGCUCCGCCCUCUUCAACGGCUUCUCGUUCUGGAAGAUGGGCGAAUCCGUCGGUGAACUCCAACUCAAGCUCUUCGCCCUCUUCAACUUCAUCUUCGUCGCCCCAGGUACGAUCGCGCAGCUGCAACCUCUCUUCAUCGAACGCCGUGAUAUCUACGACGCCCGUGAGAAGAAGUCACGCAUGUACUCCUGGGUUGCCUUCGUCACCGGCCUGGUCAUCUCCGAACUGCCAUACCUCGUCCUCUGCGCCGUCCUCUACUUCGUGUGCUUCUACUACCAAACCGGCAUGCCCACAUCCUCCGACAAAGCCGGCGCCGUCUUCUUCGUCAUGCUCCUCUACGAGGCCCUCUACACCGGAAUCGGCCAGUUCAUCUCCGCCUACGCGCCCAACGCCGUCGCCGCAUCCCUCACCAACCCGCUCGUGAUCGGUGUCCUCGUCUCCUUCUGCGGCGUCCUCGUCCCCUACCAGCAAAUCCAGGAGUUCUGGCGCUACUGGAUCUACUGGCUGAACCCCUACAACUACCUCAUGGGCUCGCUGCUCACGUUCACCGUCUUCGACGUCGACGUCAAGUGCCGCGAGUCGGAGUUCGCGACCUUCGAUCCCCCCAACGGCUCCACUUGCAUCGACUACCUCGCCACGUAUCUGCAGGGCUUGGGCGCCCGCGCCGACCUCGUCAACCCGGACGCUACCUCCCAGUGCCAGGUCUGCCAGUACACCCGUGGAAGCGACUAUCUGUACAGUCUGAACCUGAAGGACUACUACUACGGGUGGCGGGAUACCGCGAUUGUCGCGCUCUUCGUCUUCAGUAGUUACGGUCUCGUUUACCUGCUCAUGAAGCUGAGGACCAAGGCUUCGAAGAAGGCUGAGCAGUAG